GUAUACAAAACAAUCUCUUUCUUUGUCUCUGCCAUUUUCUUCCAAUUUGCAUAGCUCUUUGUGCUCAUGGAAGUUAACAGUAGUGUUUCAGGAAACCAUACUGAUGACAAACACCACCUUUCACAUUCCUAUAGCCGCCGCCACCAUGAAAGUUUUCCUUCCAAGUUUGCUAUUAUUAUCAUCAUGUCCAUCGCUUCUGUGAUGCUCAUUCUUGCUAUAAGUCUCAUCAUAUUAUUGCUCAGACGUCUGCGGUCAGCCAAAGCCAGUGACAGCGACAUUGAUGAUGAGAAGGGCAGCUUGAACAAUACAAGUUGCAGGUUCAUUGUUCAAAACUCCAUGAACUUCAGUUGUAGCCCUGAUGUGAAGGGAGGGUGUCUUCAUGGAGGGAACUUGGGGAAGUCAGUGAGGGUACCAGGAGCAAUCACAACACCAACUAGAUAUAAAGGAGUUCAAGUGCUGUCAUACAAGGAACUCGAGGAGGCCACCGAUAAGUUUAGCGAGGCUAAUGUGAUAGGCCGUGGAGGGUUUGGAGUGGUGUAUAGGGGAGUCCUCCGUGAUGGAACCAUGGCUGCCAUUAAGAUGCUGCGCAGGGAAGGAAGGCAAGGGGAGCGUGCUUUCAGGCUUGAGGUUGAUCUACUAAGCCGAUUGCAGUCUCCAUACUUGGUGGAGCUACUUGGUUACUGUGCUGACCAGCAUCAUAGGCUCCUUGUAUUUGAAUGCAUGCCCGGUGGCACUCUUCAAGACCAUCUGCAUUCUCGAAACCAUCAGCAGCCGUUGGAUUGGGGUACCCGAUUGAGGAUAGCACUCGACUGUGCCAAGGCCCUUGAGUUCCUCCACGAGAAAAACAUCCCAUCUGUUAUACAUCGUGACUUCAAAUGCAGCAAUGUGCUUCUAGAUCAAAACUUCCGUGCCAAGGUUUCUGAUUUCGGGUUGGCAAAGAUGGCUUCUGACAAGAUUAAUGGUCAGGUUUCGACACGAGUGCUCGGGACCACAGGAUAUCUAGCACCAGAGUAUGCCUCAACUGGAAAGCUGACUACAAAAUCGGAUGUUUACAGCUACGGGGUGGUUCUUUUAGAGCUGCUAACAGGGCGUGUGCCUGUAGAUACCAAGAGGCCUUCUGGAGAACAUGUCCUUGUCUCAUGGGCUCUUCCUAGGCUAACUAACAGAGAAAAAGUUGUGCACAUGGUUGAUCCAGCUCUUAAAGGGCAAUACUCAAAGAGGGAUCUCAUUCAGAUAGCAGCUAUAGCGGCAAUGUGUGUGCAGCCAGAAGCUGAAUAUCGGCCUCUAAUGGCUGAUGUGGUUCCCUCUCUAAUUCCACUGGUUAAAAACUAUGUUGGCUCCUCUGGCUCCUCUAGAUUUCAAAUUCAAGUAGUAAGUCCAAGGUAUUAGGCUUAGGGAGCUAAAGGUCUGUGAAGCUGCUACUCGCAAUAAAUUAUUGGGAAAUGAGAUCACCCUUUGCACUUUCAUAGACUUUUGAGAGAAUAAUAUUUUCCCGGGAACUCACAGAAAACAAAUGAAACAUUCAAACAAGAACGAUCCUCCAUUUAAUAAAUUGAGUUUAGUACAGUUGAACUCACAAAGGCAAAGCUUUCUAUGUGGUUCACUCCAAGAUCAUAGUUCUUGAACCACACUGACAGC